GCUCUUCUCGCACUUUCUCUGGGCGAACUUCACGGCCGCCCUGGCAAAGCCCGGCGGAGUGAUGGCAGACGAGACGACCUCGAGCUUCCAGCCGGUCAGCAACCGGAGCUGGCUUCCGCUGCAUGAGAACAGCGAGGUAGCAACGAGAAGGCGCCUCCUCAUUGCUCACCUUCAGGAGCACACGGCCCUCUUCCUGCGGUGGCAGGAGCCUAUCGAGGGAAAGCUCGCUUUCGUAAACAGCACAGGCUCUGUGGAGGUCACUUUCCGCCUCUACGACAACCUGAGCUUGCUUGGGGUUGAUUACUACAAUGCAGCCUCAGGAAAAUCUGUCCACUUGGACCUUGACCUCCCCGAUUCGGAGUAUUUCCUCGCCGAGCUGCUGGGCCUCGCCUCACAGCUUCUGGUGGAUGAGCAGGGCCGGCCCUUGUCAGCAGAGCUCGCCCAGGAACAGCACGAGGCUUGA